ACAAAAGUGACGUGCUUCAGUCUUUGGUUUUGUUUCUGAAGUGAUCAUGCCUGAGCCAGCGAAGUCCGCACCUAAGAAGGGGUCCAAGAAGGCCGUUACUAAAGCCGCAGGAAAGGGCGGCAAGAAGCGCAAGAGGUCCAGGAAGGAGAGCUAUGCUAUCUACGUCUACAAGGUCCUGAAGCAGGUUCAUCCUGACACCGGGAUUUCCUCUAAGGCCAUGGGCAUCAUGAACUCUUUCGUCAAUGAUAUUUUCGAGCGUAUCGCCGGUGAGUCCUCUCGUCUCGCUCACUACAACAAGCGCUCCACCAUCACAUCGAGAGAGAUCCAGACCGCCGUGCGUCUCCUGCUGCCCGGUGAACUCGCCAAACACGCCGUGUCUGAGGGAACAAAGGCCGUCACCAAGUACACCAGCUCCAAAUAAAUCUGUUGAAGCUUUAAACACCACAAAGGCUCUUUUAAGAGCCACC